CCCAUCGACUAUGACGGCUUCCAGCUCUUCAUGGCCACUUACCUGGAGAACGACAUCCCAGAGGAGCUGUGUCAGCACCUCUUCACCUCCUUCAAGAGCAAGACGGGAGGCUGCUCCCCAGACCCGUCCCGAGCCGGGACCAGCUUACUGGGUAUGAACGGGAAAAGCAUCCUGUCCGCAAUGGGCCGCUACACGCCCGAGCACUCCGGCGUGGUGAGCACAGCCGGCUCUGGAGCCACCACCUCCCCGUGUUCAUCCCGCUCCUCCUCGCAGCGUUCAGGGACGGGGGGCCACACGCCCGGGGGCCCCCACCGAUCGCCCUGCAGCCACGUCAAAWCCUCAGAGGGCAGCAGCAGCAACGUCCUGACCCCCAACGCUGGACCCGCCAGGUCGCCAGUGUCCCCCAAACUAUCACCAGAGAGGAGCCACUCUGAGAAGCAUCUGUCUCUGCGGAGGAGCCCCUCGCCCCAGACAGGCUCGACCCUGCCGUCGCCUCAGGUGGUCUUUCUCAAGGACAUCGUCUGCUACCUGUCCCUGCUGGAGAGGGGGACGCCCGAGGACAAGCUGGAGUUCAUGUUCCGGCUGUACGACACAGACGGCAACGGGCUCCUGGACAGCUCGGAGUUGGAUCGCAUCAUCAAUCAGAUGGUGCACGUGGCAGAAUAUCUGGAGUGGGAUUCUACGGAGCUGCGGCCGAUUCUGAAGGAGAUGAUGGAAGAAAUCGACUACGACCGAGACGGGACAGUGACGCUGGAGGAGUGGAUCAGAGGAGGCCUCACAACCAUCCCUUUACUGGUCCUGCUGGGCAUGGACACGAAUGUGCAGGAGGACGGGCAGCACGUCUGGCGUCUGAAGCACUUCAACAAACCCGCGUACUGUAACUACUGCCACACCAUGCUGCUCGGAGUCCGCAAGCAGGGCCUCUGCUGCUCCUUAUGCAAGUACACGGUGCACGAACGCUGCGUGUCCAAAGACAUCGCCGCCUGCAUCAGCACCUACGCCAAGUCUCGCAGACACACCAACGCUAUGCAGCACGUGUGGAUGGAGGGAAACUCUCCCACAAAGUGCGACCGCUGUCACAGGAGCAUCAAGUGUUACCAGGGCCUGACGGGCCUGCACUGUGUCUGGUGUCAGAUCACUCUCCAUAAUAAGUGUGCGUCUAAUGUGAAGCCCGACUGUGAUGGAGGAGCCCUGAGGGACCACACGCUGCUGCCCUCGUACAUCUGCCCGGUCGUCCUGGAUCGUCACUCUGUGGUGAAGCGUGGCGAGGGGGAGUCCCCGCCCAGCACCAGCCCCGACGACGCCAACCUGACGUUCAAAUUCUCCCCCGGUGACGGACAAGCGCUGCAGGUCACUCCUCUCCCUGGUACUCACCCGCUCCUCGUCCUCGUCAACCCCAAGAGCGGAGGGAGGCAGGGGGAGCGGGUGCUGAGGAAGUUCCGGUACCUGCUGAACCCCCGGCAGGUUUACAGCUUGGAGCGAGAGGGGCCGAUGGUCGGGCUCAACUUUUUCCACGAUGUCCCUGAUUUCCGAGUGCUGGCUUGUGGAGGUGACGGCACCGUGGGCUGGAUCCUCGACUGCAUAGAUAAAGCCAACUUUGCCAGACACCCUCCGGUGGCCAUCCUCCCUCUGGGCACCGGGAACGACCUGGCACGCUGCUUACGUUGGGGAGGAGGUUACGAAGGCGGCAGUUUGCUGAAGUUCCUGCGGGACAUCGAACACAGCACGGAGGUGGUGCUGGACCGCUGGAACAUCGAUAUUGUCCCCGACGACAAGGAGGAGAAGGGAGACCCCGUCCCCUACAGCAUCGUCAACAACUAUUUCUCUAUUGGCGUGGACGCCUCCAUCGCUCAUCGCUUUCAUCUGAUGCGGGAAAAACACCCGGAGAAGUUCAACAGCAGGUAA